UUAUGGCAUGGGUCACCCCGUCUCUGUUCAUCUCUACUUCUAUGCUGACCGGUUCCAAGGCUACUUAUUGAGGCACCAUGCAACAAACCUGGCCACCAGUAAACUGGAAACGCUGGAGACUUGGGUGAUGCCGAGGAAAAUGUUUAAAUUUUCUAAUCCCACAAGUGAUUUUGCACGACUACAGUUUGCUGAGGUUGGCACAGACUGGGAUGCUAAGGAAAGAAUUUUCCGGAACUACGGAGGGCUGAUUGGACCCAUGGACGAGCCGAUUGGCAUGCAGAAAUGGGGCAAAGGUCCCAACAUCACCGUCACUGUAGUCUGGAUCGACCCCAUUAACGUUAUUGCAGCAACCUAUGAUAUUCAGGUUGAUUCUGGAGCCGAGUUCACUCAUUACAAACCUCCGUUGAACUUGCCUCUGCGACCGGGCCUGUGGACAGUUAAAAUACUGCACCAUUGGGCACCCGUGGCUGAAACCAAGUUUCUGGUUGCACCUCUGACAUUCUCAAACAGGCAGCUGAUCAGAAAAGAAGAAGCACUUAAGUUGCACAAUGGGCCACCUAAGAAUGCCUACAUGGAACAAAGCUUUCAGGGCUUGAAUAACGCUCUGAAUAUCCACGUUGCUCCGGGCCAAGCGGAACAGGCAAAGCGCAAUGCAGCUCUCAGCGGCUCACAGUUGGAGAACUGGGUGGAUCCCAUGGUGAACAGUUUGUGGUCAGCUGUGGACAUUUGUACCAUUGGUCCCACCUCUUGCCCAGUGAUGCAGACCUGCAGUCAAACAACCUGGAGCUCACAGAGUCCGGACCCCAAGUCAGAACUGGGUCCCGUCAAAGCCAAUGGCCGCUUGAGGUAG